CCGGAAAUCAAAACCUGGCGCACGCGCCCCUCGUCUCGGCGCCGGCACGUUGCACACACGCCUGGCUUUGGCUCUGGCUGGCCGCACGCACGGCAAGCCGAGCGAAAUCCCAGCGAUGGGUGGGCGCACGCACCACGCGCGCAGGGAUGGCAACAGAAAAGGCGAGCAGCGGCAGUAAUUAGCGCGCGGGGGUCUCGCAGUCGUAGCGGCCGCGCUUAUUCCGGCGCAGGACGCGACACGCGGUCGCCGCAUGCCCCCGCACCCCACACCCGCCCUGCAUCAUCAGCGUGCACUCCACCACCGCCGAAGCAAGUAGUAGCAGCCAGACCCGGGCCUCGGGCGGAGCGACGAGCCGAGCCGAGCCUGCCUGCCUGGCCUGCGCGGCGCCCGAGGGCCCCGAGGGACGCGCCGCGCCAUCGCCGUCGCCAUGAGGAGGGCGCAGCCGCAGCAGGGGACGGCGCCGGCGCCGGCGGGGACGGGGGUGGUGCGCGUCGACAAGGCGUCGCCCGCGUCCAGCUUCCGCCAGCUCGACGACGCCUUCCUGCAGAAACAAACAAAAAUCUGGCUUGGCGAAGUUCUCCAUGUCAGGUUUGAUGAAGACAUUUUGGUAGCAGACCUUCUAGGUGACGGGGAAUUGCUAUUUCAAGUUUCCAAAGUGAUAUGGAAGAGGCUACUCAGAAAGAACAAAGAACAACUCAAGCAAUCAAAAGUAUAUAUUUAUGAGAGACCAUCUUUUGGUAAAAGCAACGGGAAAUAUACGCCCUAUCCAAAAGUAGACUCGUUUCUAAAGGUAUGCCAAACCCUUGGAUUAGCUGGAAUUGAUUUGUUUACCCCUUCUGAUGUGGUCGAGAAAAGAAAUGUUCGAAAAGUCUGCAUGUGCAUACGCUCACUCUCUAAAAAGGCCGGGAUGAUGCAGCUAAACGUGCCUGAUUUUGAUGUUGUUACCCACACAAUAGCCAUGCCCAACUAUAUUGUUGGAGGCAUCCGCAGAAGUCUGGAGCAGCCACAAUGCAGUUCAUCUUGUUCGAGUGGGCACAGUCCGCGUGCCAUUUCUAAAAGCAUAUUUGAAGGACAGAGUGAUGAGCAAAGCGACCGACAUUAUGACUCUGAUGAAGCAGAGAGCAGUCUCUUUGUGCUAGGGCCUCAGGAUUCUCUUGAUGACGACAAACUUUCUGAGCUUUUGCAGUUGGGUGAUGCCCCCAAGGAAGAAAGAGAAGGCUAUGGAGACAGUGGUCAUGAAAUGCCCAAAGAGAAGUCGCUAGCCGAAUCAGCGGGAUCACUUGACGCUGGUGUUAUGGGUGCUGAUACUACGAAUUCAACUCCUUUUCAUGAGAACCUACUCUCACCAACAGAUCGGUGUUCAACAACUAGAAGAAAUAAAUGUUCACUAAGUUCAGAAGAGUCAGACUCCAUAAACAGUUAUUUAGCGUGCGACAGUAGCAAGAAUGAUGUGGGCGGUCCUCCUGUCGAAGUGUCUGAAAGGAUUCAUGAUGGACACGUCGAACCUUCACAUGAUUCUGUUCAGGGAAAUGGGAAAAUAUUCACUGAUCAUCCAGAAAAAGACGAUAGCGCAAGGACUAAGGAUCACAUGGAUGCUUGCAAAUCCGACGAACUGGAUAAAACUGAAAACAACAGAAAUGCUCAGGGGACCGGGAACAAUGCUCCCAAAUCAGGGAAAGGAGUGCUGAAGUCAGUUGCUGGAGGGAUCACGCUCAUCGGCGCGGUGUUCUUCGUAGCUCAUCUCAGGAGGAGCAAGGGGAUAAGCUUUACAACAAUUUUGCCUUCACUUUCUGAAAAAUCAAUUCAGAGCGACUCAAGGGCGAAGAAUGUAGACAACGGAAAGACAACCGAGGUGUAUCCAGGCGGAUGGCUCAAGGUUUGACAGGAGGGACAUGCCGAAUAAUCGGGCACAAUUUGAAAGGUUAUGUCUGAUGUAAAUUCAUAUCUACCGUACUGAAGGAGCGAUAUAUACCAGCAGUAUCGUAAUUUGGUUAUAGAGCUGUGUCAAGUGACCUAAAGUUAAAUGUGUUAUAUAUUACCGUUCUUUCCAUGUAAAGAAUUGUAUAGCUUAUUUAUCACUGUUCAUAAUUCAGAGCAACUUUCUACUA